GCUUUGAAAUACUUGCAGAAAGAAGAGUGAAACUCAAAAGCUGCUCUGUUUCUACCCCCCUAUCUUCAAGUGCUUAUUGGAGUUUGGUCCUUACACGGCAGUAGCUGGUAUCAAAAAGCUAAAACCAAACACAAAAAUCAAAACCCACCAUACUCUUUCUCUCUCUAACUCUCGCAUCCCUUCUUUCUCUCUCUAAAACGGUGUGGGCGCUCUUCAUUUGCAGAGUAACAGAGCUGCUGCCAUUGCCUCGAGAAACCCCAUUGUCUCACAAUUCAGAUAAUUUCGGAAUCCCAAUAUGAGGUAAACAACAAAAUAUGAAUUGGGUCAGUUUUUGCUUCUUAUCUCCAAAUCUCAGUCAUUUUCAUUUUAGAGAGAGAGCAGAAAAAACAACCCGAGAUCUCGUUUUUAUCCCUGUAUUUAAGUCCUCUUGUUGUAUAUGCAAUGUGUCUGUAAGAACCUCAAAUUUAUUUCCCCCACUAGGGCUUCCUGCCUCUUGUAUCUCUUCACCAUGCAGCUGUCACCAUUUUCUUUCUCUCUCUAAUGCAUAACUUCUACCUCUUGAUAACCCAACAACUGGUGGUAUGUGCAUCAGUGAAUUAAUUGCAGGGGCUUGCUUUUCCAGUUUUAAAACCACCCAAAGUCUCCAUCUUUUUAUUCUCCUGCAAACAUGGGUUCUCUGCUCUCUCCUUCUCUAUCUUUUGCCUCCACCAUUUUUGUAGUUUUUCCAGGUCGAGCUGCGUUUCUCACUAUCCUGAGAGAACUACCAUUGGUAGAGAGGAUUUCACUCUUGACCCAUUUCAUGAUUCUCUCUCUAGUCUUUUUCUUUGUUUCGACGAGGCGAAUCGUUUCCUGCAUAGGGCGAGCUCCAAUCUUCAAAGAAAGGCACGAUGAUUCAAUUUCCACUCAUAGAGCUGGCAUCCCAUGUGAAGCACUGAUAGGUAAUUCAUUUUGGGUAUCACUCUUUUGUUGCAUUUACGUGUCGUUGAUUCAAAUUGCCACUCUUGUUUAUGAGUUCUUGAGAGGGAAACACUCGACGUCCCUUUACUUACUUCCCUUGGUGCAAAUUCUCUCAUGGUCAGUUAUGAGCCUCUGCAUUUUGCAUUCGAAAUGCAAGGCCUCAGAGAGACACCCACUUUUUCUUCGCUUAUGGUGGUUUGUUUCGUUUGCCAUUUGCCUAGGCACCAUAUACUUUGAUGGUAGGGGCUUAAUCAAUGGGUCACUGAACUUCAAUGCCCAUGUUGUUUCUAACUUUGCUUCUACACCUGCUAUUGCUUUUUUGUGUUUUGUUGCACUUCAUGGUGAUACUAGUAUUCGAGUAGUGAUAGAUUCCGACCUCCAAGAACCAUUGCUUAGUGAAGAGUUGGGUUGCCAAAAGGUGACCCCUUAUGGCGAUGCCAAUCUAUUUAGCUUGGUCACCCUCUCUUGGUUAAACCCACUUUUAUCUAUUGGUGCAAAGAGGCCUCUAGAACUCAAGGAUGUUCCCCUCUUAGCUCCUAAAGACCGGUCCAAAACCUCGUACAAGAUAUUGAACUCUAACUGGGAGAAGUUGAAGUCUGAGAAUCCAUCGAAACAACCGUCUUUAGCAUUAGCUAUUUUUAGGUCUUUUUGGAAGGAGGCAGCUUGGAAUGCCAUCUUUGCUGGCCUUAACACGCUCGUUACUUUUGUUGGUCCCUAUCUUAUAAGCUACUUUGUGGAGUAUUUGGGAGGGAACAUCACUUUCCCUCAUGAAGGUUACAUUCUAGCUUCAAUAUUCUUCACUGCAAAGCUUGUCGAGACCAUAACCACUAGGCAAUGGUAUAUGGGGGUUGAUAUCUUAGGAAUGCAUGUCAGGGGGGCCUUGACUGCCAUGGUUUAUCGAAAGGGGCUUCGUCUCUCUAGCACAGCCAGACAGAGCCACACUAGUGGAGAAAUUGUCAAUUAUAUGGCAGUCGAUGUUCAAAGGAUCGGUGAUUAUUCAUGGUAUCUUCAUGAUAUGUGGAUGUUACCUCUACAGAUAGUCUUAGCACUGGCAAUUCUCUAUAAAAAUGUGGGUAUAGCCUCGCUUGCUACUCUUGGGGCCACAAUUGUUUCUAUUCUUGUUACGAUUCCUCUUGCAAAAGUGCAAGAGGAUUACCAAGAUAAGUUGAUGUCGGCCAAGGAUGAUAGGAUGAGGAAAACAUCUGAGUGCCUGAGGAACAUGAGGAUCUUGAAGUUGCAAGCAUGGGAGGAUCGGUAUCGAGUGAAACUCGAAGAAAUGAGAGAAGUGGAAUUCAAAUUUCUUAGGAAGGCUCUCUACUCUCAAGCUUUCAUUACUUUCAUCUUUUGGGGUUCUCCCAUUUUUGUCUCAGUGGUCACUUUUGCCACCUGUAUACUAUUAGGUGGCCAGCUUACUGCAGGGGGUGUGUUAUCUGCUUUGGCCACAUUUAGAAUACUUCAAGAGCCCCUAAGGAAUUUCCCAGAUUUGGUCUCUAUGAUGGCUCAGACAAAGGUGUCUCUGGACCGGAUUUCAGGUUUUUUGCAAGAGGAGGAGUUGAGGGAUGAUGCUACAAUCACAAUUCCAAAUGAGCUUACUAAAACUGCCAUAGAAAUCAAAGAUGGCACCUUUUGUUGGGAUCCUUCUUCUUCUAGGCCUACGCUCUCAGGAAUUCACAUGAAAGUGGAAAAAGGAAUGCGGGUUGCAGUUUGUGGUAUGGUUGGUGCUGGCAAAUCGAGCUUCCUCUCUUGCAUCCUCGGAGAGAUGCCUAAAGUCUCGGGUGAGGUUAAAAUUAGUGGGUCAGCUGCAUAUGUUUGUCAGUCAGCCUGGAUUCAGUCUGGCAACAUAGAGGAAAAUAUUCUCUUUGGUAGUCCAAUGGACAAAGCAAAGUACAAGAAUGUUCUUCAUGCGUGUGCACUGAAGAAGGAUCUGGAGUUGUUCUCUCAUGGUGAUCAAACAAUAAUAGGAGAUAGAGGCAUAAAUCUAAGUGGAGGACAGAAGCAAAGGGUGCAACUUGCUAGGGCACUCUAUCAAGAUGGUGACAUAUACUUGCUUGAUGAUCCUUUUAGUGCAGUUGAUGCGCAUACAGGAUCAGAAUUGUUUAGAGAGUACAUAUGCUCAGCCCUGGCUUCCAAGACUGUGAUCUUUGUCACUCAUCAAGUUGAAUUUCUGCCAGCCGCAGAUUUGAUACUGGUCCUUAAAGAGGGUCGAAUAAUACAGGCAGGAAAGUACGAGGAUCUUUUGCAGGCUGGAACUGAUUUCAAUGCUUUAGUUUCAGCACACCAUGAAGCUAUUGAAGCUAUGGAUAUCCCGGAAUCCAUGGGUGAAGAUUCUGUUGCGACCUUUGGGGAUGAAGACUCUGUUUUAUAUGAAAAGGAUUGUGAAUUAAAACCUGGAACUGAUAAUUUGUCCAAGCAAAACAAAGAGGAGUCGUCGGCAGAUGUGAGUGCAAUCAAGGAGAAAAAGAAGAAAGCAAAACGAAUGAGGAAGAAACAACUGGUUCAAGAAGAGGAGAGAGAAAGAGGGAGGAUUAGCUUAAAGGUGUACUGGUCAUAUAUGACAGCGGCUUAUAAAGGUUUGCUUAUACCCCUAAUCAUACUUGCACAAGCCACGUUUCAGCUGCUCCAAAUAGCAAGCAAUUGGUGGAUGGCAUGGGCGAACCCACAGACCAAGGGGGAUCAGCCGAGAACGAGUAGUACUGUGCUCCUUGUUGUGUACAUGGCCCUUGCUUUUGGGAGCUCGUGGUUUGUGUUUAUGAGAGCUGUUCUUGUUGCUACCUUUGGUUUAGCAGCUGCGCAAAAGUUGUUCAUAAAAAUGUUAAGAAGUGUGUUUCGGGCACCAAUGUCUUUCUUUGAUUCUACUCCAGCUGGGCGAAUCUUGAAUCGUGUAUCCAUAGAUCAGAGUGUUGUGGAUCUUGAUAUCCCUUUCAGACUUGGUGGGUUUGCCUCGACAACAAUUCAGCUUCUUGGUAUAGUUGGAGUGAUGACCAAAGUCACAUGGCAAGUUUUGCUUCUGUUUAUCCCAAUGGCUAUAGCAUGCUGGUCGAUGCAGAAAUACUAUAUGGCAUCAUCAAGAGAGCUUGUUCGCAUUGUUAGCAUCCAAAAAUCUCCUAUUAUCCAUCUAUUUGGGGAGUCAAUUGCUGGGGCAGCUACCAUUAGGGGCUUUGGACAAGAGAAACGCUUCAUGAAAAGGAACUUGUAUCUUCUUGAUUGCUUUGCUCGCCCUUUCUUCUGCAGCCUUGCCGCCAUAGAGUGGUUAUGCUUGCGCAUGGAACUCAUAUCAACGUGUGUAUUUGCUUUCUGCAUGGCUCUUCUUGUGAGCUUUCCUCAUGGGAGUAUUGAUCCCAGUAUGGCAGGCCUUGCUGUGACUUAUGGGCUUAAUUUGAAUGCUCGUUUAUCACGAUGGAUUUUAAGCUUCUGCAAACUUGAAAAUAAAAUUAUUUCUAUUGAGCGCAUUCAUCAGUACUGCCAAAUCCCAGGUGAAGCUCCACCUGUUAUUGAAAAUUCGCGACCUCCAUCUUCAUGGCCACAUGAUGGAACAAUUGAAUUGAUUGAUCUGAAGGUGCGUUACAAGGAUACUCUGCCUAUGGUUCUUCAUGGUAUAACGUGUACAUUUCCUGGUGGGAAAAAGAUCGGUAUAGUUGGGCGCACUGGAAGUGGCAAGUCCACAUUGAUGCAAGCUCUCUUCCGUCUUAUUGAACCUGCAGAUGGAAAAAUAAUUAUUGAUGGCAUUGAUAUUUCCACAAUUGGCCUUCAUGACCUGCGCACUCGUCUUAGUAUCAUUCCCCAAGACCCCACCUUGUUUGAAGGAACCAUUAGAGCCAACCUCGAUCCCCUUGAAGAGCACUCUGAUCUUCAAGUAUGGGAGGCACUUGACAAGUGUCAGCUUGGAGAAGUUAUCCGCAGAAAAGAGCAGAAGCUUGACACUCCAGUUUUGGAAAAUGGAGAUAACUGGAGUGUUGGGCAGCGGCAGCUUGUAUCACUCGGCCGAGCCCUUUUGAAGCAGGCGUGUAUAUUGGUACUCGAUGAAGCAACAGCUUCUGUUGACACGGCCACCGAUAACUUAAUUCAGAGGAUCAUUCGAACAGAGUUUACGGACUGCACGGUUCUCACUAUUGCACAUCGUAUACCAACUGUGAUCGACAGCGACCUGGUUCUAGUUCUUAGUGAUGGUAAGGUAGUAGAGAUUGAUACUCCCUUGCGGUUGCUGGAGGACAAGUCAUCCAUGUUCUUGAAGCUUGUGACUGAGUACACUUUGAGAUCAAAUAGUGUCUCAGAAGCCUGAAAUGUUAAAGUUCCUAGUUCCAAAGAGGAAAGUCAUGCAUAUUAACAGUGAGUAAACCCAGCUGACUGGCUAAAAAAUCAGUAUUCUGCAUAUCAUGCCAACAAACUAGGAUUUCGAAGUUAGGGGAUGAUCAAAGGGAAGUAUGUUGUUAUCAUUCUUUGUUGCUACCCUGAUCCCCUUGAAAAGAAUCUGCAAUGAUGGGAUUGGGAAGUGCAGGAGAGACAGCGAGCUUCCAUCUAUCACGUUUCACUAGAGAAAGAGAAUGGCAUCAGAGUUGGGCCAAUCUGUGCAAGUUGAGUUGAGAGUUGGCUGUUGGGCCAAUCGGAAAUAAUGAAAGUUCAGUUCAUUGCCACUUGCUUGUUCUAUUUUCCUUAUUUUUUAUUUUAUUUUCAUCGCAUGUGUAUAGGCGGUGGCACUGUUCAAAGAGAAAUUUUGGUAAUAAUAUGGUUCCAUUCACCUCCAAA